AUGAGCCUGGGAAACUCGCUUAUGUGGGAAAAAGUGGCAUUGUCUCCGUUAGAAAUUCAGUCUGUGCAGCUGGAGCAUGAUCUGCUGUACGCUCAAGAGGUGGCCGCAUUGACCGCAAGUAAUCAGCAGAAUAAGUACGGAGUAGAUGUCGAUGUCAAUACUGGCAAGGCUGCAGGUCGAUUGAUUAUAGAAGUUUUGGAAGUUAAAGGCUUGGCACUGGACAGUUAUGCAGCGGUAAAGGCGAUUAGUGGAAAUACACAGCCACAAGUGUACGUGUCCACAUUAGUGUCCCCGCUUUCAGCUUUCGAGAAGACAACGAAAAAACACUUGCGUACGAGUCCUGUGCAAAUUGUAAACUAUGCCUGUGCACGUCUGCAGGAUAAAUUAGUAUACAAUGGAGCCAAGACAAAAAUAUUUAGCGUAAAAGUUUCUCUAAAUUGCAAGGCUGAAGUCAUUGCUGAUGUGAUCCUCGGGGAGCUGGAGCUGCGAAGUGCCGACUACACCGAUCAGAUGCCGCAUGAAAAGUGGUUUGAUUUGACAGCACCAGUCACAGCAGCGACGAGUGGUGUUAUUGGGAAGCUGCUGAUGCGCGUGACUCUCGAGUAUUCGAUGCGUGAGCGUCAUGAGCGUCAAGUCAAUUUACUUCGACAAAAGAAACGCGAGAUUGAUGACGACAUCGAGCUAUUCAAGACAACUGCGCGACUUGUGAAUGCACCUUUGAAACAUCCUGCAGCAUUUGGAAACGAAACUGCAAGGGCCGCUCUAUAUCUGCCUGGCAAAAAAUUUCAGAUUCAUGCUCACCACCCUGCCGCUGUCAGUGUGACGCCUCUGGCGGACAAGACUCGGGUGAUCACUCCAUUCGGACGAGGAGUUGCGGUGUCAUUUCGACCAGAAACCAAAAUGUAUGUAGUACAAAUGGACACAGACGCCGCAGCAAGGUCUCGUACUAUUGCCUACUUGCAUCAGAAUGUUGUGAGUGAGGAGCCCGAUGAGCCACACUUUCGAAUGCAUACGCAGGUAUUGACCCCGUAUGGUUUGGGUGUGUUGAAGGAAAUCCGUCCCUUUGACGAUGUGUUAGUUGUCAAAACCGACUAUGCUAACCUUUACAUGCAGCGCAAAGACGUGAAGUUGCCAUCAAAAGAAGUAGCAGAAAUGUCGACAAAAGAUCUGAUUAACGAGGCUGUUCGGUUUGCGGACGCAGGCAACGAAAAAUUCCGUGAGGCAAAGCUGCAGGACGCCGUGUACAGCUACUUGCGCUCACUAGGAUUUCUACAGCGCGUUGAUCAAGACAAUGCCACGCAUAAAGAGAAGGCGACAAUCAUUCAGACCAUGAUUCGCUGUCACCUGAACAUUGGUGCGAGCAAGCUGAAGCUGAACAUGUACGCAGAUGCUGAGAUUGCCUGCACCAACGCCUUAAGCAUACUUACGGUGCUAGCGGAUAACCGCGAGGGCAACGUUGUCACGUGGAUGGGGCGUCUGGGCAUGUCAGAGCAGCUUCUUUUCGAGGACUGGCCAUCCAAAGCGCGUUUUCGCCGCGCUCAAGCGUGCGUUAAGCUUGAAAAAUACGUAGAUGCUAAGCAAGAUCUGCUGCUAGCCGUAAGGUUAAACCCGCAAGAUAAAUUGUGUCGCACGCUACUGGACAAGGUGAACAAAUUGGUGGAUAAACAGAAGCGUGACGAGAUGAAGGCGUGGGGUGGCAUCUUUGAUAAUCUUGAAGCGUCGCCGUCAACUAUGAAAACCACGACAACCAAGGCUGAAAGUAAUAGUGAUGAUAAAUCCAUUUUCAAGCGCAAGACGAAGAAGCGCCAGCACAAGCCUUCAGUCAUUAGUAAAGACCAAAUUAAACCAUGGUACUUGACUUCACACGUCUUGGCCACGGUUUCGGUAGUGACAGCGGGAUUUGCAGCAUUGACUCUGCUCUCAUUGAAGCAAAAGAACUCGUAA